AUGCACUCGGCGCGGCGCGUUUCCGGUCCUGCGCCGUUUCUGGAGCGGAUUGGAACCCGGAGUCAGGAUUCGCUAAAUGAAGAGUCUACUGCAAGAAAGGUUGGAAUAAUGGCUGAGCACACGCCAGAUGAGUUCAUCUGGUGCGAGGACUGUGGUCAGUACCAUGACUCCGAGUGUCCUGAACUGGGAGCGCUGGUGACUGUCGAGGACUCCUUUGUCCUCAGCCGAGCUCGGUCGUCUCUACCAAACAGCCUGGAGAUCAGAGCGGUGGCUGACGGGCAGGAGGGCGUGUUUGUCCUGCGGCGGCUGGUCAAGAGAACUCGGUUUGGCCCCUUUGAGGCAAAGAGAGUUCCUUACCUGGAGAAGGAAGGCCCGUUUCCUCUGAAGAUCUUCCAGAAGGAUAGGGUGGUGGUGUGUUUUGACUCCAGCAAUGAAGAAGACUGUAACUGGAUGAUGCUGGUGCGACCUGCAACUGACCACAAACACCAGAACCUGACGGCUUACCAGCAGGACGAUGGCGUGUACUUCAACACCUCCCAGGAUCUGCUCCCAGGCACAGAGCUGAGGGUCUGGUAUGGAGCUUUCUAUGCCAAGAAGAUGGAGAAGACUGUGCUGAAGCCUCCACUUCCACCGCCACCUCCACCAGAUGUGUUGAUGUCUAAAAUGGAGACCUCUGAGAAAAUCCGAGCUCACAUACCCACGGUGGAUGAAGAGGCAAACACGGGCAACAUGUUGAGUCACCUUGACGAGGUGAAGACAGUGAGUUUGCCUCCGGUCGACCCAGAAGAGAACUUGCUUGCCCCAUUUGAGGAGGAGGAGGAGGAGGAGGAGGAGGAGAGCAGCGCUCCCGUACGUCAGCCGGUCCCCAAGAGAGGACAGAGCCGAGCAGGGAGGAGAACCAAGGGACGCCGGCUUGGAGCCACAGCCACCGUGAGCAAAAACAAAGAUGUCAAGCCCCCAGUGGCGACGUCGGAGCCGGUGGCGGCGGCAGCAGCAUCAGCAGCAGCGAGUGCUGCGGCGAGUGAGCCUGUCCUCAAGAGACACAAAGUCAGAGAGCACAAGAGGGUGUACCGCUGCUCCCUCUGCAACAAGGUCUUCCAGAACAGCAGCAACCUCAACAGACACAUCAGAUCUCAUGGUGACAAACUGUUCAAGUGUGAUGAAUGUGAUAAGUUGUUCAGUCGCAAAGAAAGUCUGAAGCAGCACAUCUCUUACAAGCACAGCAAGACCAUGCCUGACCACGAGUACAAAUACAAAUGCAACACAUGUGAGAAAUCCUUUCGCCUGGACAAUGCCUUAAAGUUCCACAACUGUCGGACAGAUGACAAGACGUUCCAGUGUGACAUCUGCUCGCGGUUCUUCUCCACCAACAGCAACCUCUCCAAGCACAAGAAGAAGCACGGCGAGAAGCUCUACUCCUGCGAGAUCUGCAACAAGAUGUUCUACCGCAAAGACGUCAUGCAGGAGCACCACAGGAGGCACGGCGUUGGACCAAAGCACAUGAAGCGAGAGGAGCUGGAGGCCAACGGAGAAGAGGGGACCAAGUACAGGAAGGAGCCGUCUCCCUGUCCCAUCUGUGGCAAGGUGUUCUCUUGCAGGAGUAACAUGAACAAGCACCUGUUGACUCACGGCGAUAAGAAGUACACCUGCGAGAUCUGCGGCCGCAAGUUCUUCCGCGUGGACGUCCUCCGGGAUCACAUACACGUCCACUUCAAGGACAUAGCCUUAAUGGAUGAGCAGGAGAGAGAGGGCUUCAUCAAGAAAAUCGGCAUCUCGGCUGGCAGCAGUGACGACACGGACGAGGACGAAGACGAGGACGAUCAGGAGCACCACAAGUACAAUUGCAAGAAAUGUCAACUGUCGUUUGCAAGGGGGAAGGAGUAUCUGAAGCAUAUCAUGGAACGGCACAAAGAGCGAGGCUACGGCUGCGGCAUCUGCAACCGCCGCUUUGCCCUGAAAGCCACGUACAACGCCCACUUGGUCAUCCACAGAGAGCAGCUGCCCGACCCUGCAGUGCAGAAGUACAUUCAUCCAUGUGAGAUCUGUGGCCGAAUCUUUAAUAGUAUCGGGAACCUGGAAAGACACAAGAUCAUCCACACUGGUGUAAAGAGCCACAGCUGUGACAAGUGUAGCAAAUCGUUUGCGAGGAAAGACAUGCUGAAGGAGCACCUCAGGGUCCAUGACGACAUCCGGGACUUUCUAUGUGCAGAGUGUGGGAAAGGCAUGAAGACCAAACACGCUCUGAGGCAUCACAUGAAGCUUCACAAGGGCAUCAAAGAGUACGAGUGCAAGGCGUGUAACCGCAAGUUUGCCCAAAAGGUCAACAUGCUGAAACAUUACAAGAGACACACAGGUGUGAAGGACUUCAUGUGUGAGCUGUGUGGAAAGACGUUCAGCGAGCGGACGACUCUGGAGACGCACAAGCUCAUCCACACAGUGGGUAAGACGUGGACAUGCGCCACCUGUGAUAAGAAGUACCUGACGGAGUACAUGCUGCAGAAGCACGUCCACCUGACCCACGAGAAGGUGGAGGCCCAGUCAUGCGACCUCUGUGGGACCAAGGUGUCCACUCGCGCGUCCAUGAACCGACACCUGCGACGCAAACACCCUGAGAUGGUGUCUGCGAGGAUGGAUGAGUUUGAUGAUCUUCAGGAAACGUCGACGAUCAAUGAUUCUUCUAUCAGCAUUGUGCAGUCCACUCUGACCCUGGAAAAAGACGGCACAUGUCAAGAGAGGCCCAGCCGACCGUACCGACACUCCAAAAAGAGGCAGAGGGUUCCGGCUGAGCCGGAGCUCUCCGAGUCCGACGAAUUUGUCGAUUUCUCCGAGCCGAGGCAUGAACCUAUGACGGAGUUCAACACCGUCAUCGUCGGCGAUGAAACUGAGACGAGCUCUGCUGUGCAGAGCAUCCAGCAGGUGGUGGUUCUUGCCGACCCCAACGCUCAAUCUGCGACCUCGCCCAACAACUCGGUGGGGCUGACCAACAUCACCGUCACGCCCAUCACGAGCCACGCCCCCACCCAGUUCACCAGCCUGCAGCCUGUAGCCGUGGGUCACCUGACGGCCAGCGACCGGCCGCUCACGCUGGACAACUCCAUCCUCACCGUCACCUUCGACACCAUCAGUGGCUCCGCCAUGCUCCACAACCGUCCCGCCGAACUAGUCCCGGAAACGGUGGGUCCCGGUGGGGGUGCGGCGCCUCAGUCUGUCGCCCACUUCAUCAACCUCACAACUCUGGUCAACCCCAUGGGUCACCAGCUGGAGGCACCCACUCUGGCCUGGAGGCCCGUACCCGCGGCCGAGGGCAGCCAGGUCGUCCCCGUGGUGGAGGGAACUCAGAGUGAGAGUCAGGAGGUCCAGAACCAGGGUCCGGACCCGGGUCGACCUGGCCAGAACCAGCAGCACGGGCAGCAGAGCAGCACCGCACAGCAAAUGUUCAGCUACUAAGCAGAGAUUGGAGGUGCCGGUCACCUCACUCUGACCAACACUGUUACACGGUAGAGUAGAUUUUACGAUCACUGUCACCCUGAUGCCUCUCCAAACUCCAUGGAAGUGAAUGACAUUUAAAUGUUUUCUUUUUCCUUUUUAUACUGAUAAGAAAAGAAAGGUCUGUUGAUAAUUAACGUUAUAAUUUUAAAGAAGAGAGACAGACGCGGUACAUUCAGCCUGAUUUCACUGACGCUCCUCUGGAGGAUUUACAUUUCAAACCAAAGCAACAUGCGGAAUAUUCAAAUGCCUUAUUAUCAGCCUUUUUUUCAGAACAUGUGCAUGUUUUCAGGAUGAAUCUGCUGCUCCUAAAAUGAAAUAAAUACAAAAUGUCCCAACAAGAGAAGAUGCACACACACACACACACUGUUCAGUGAAAACACUUUUGUGAUGAAGUGAUGGUUGACAUUUUCCUAAAAGCAACCCACUCAUGAAGUCCUUAUUUUUGAAUGCUGCAACUGUAAUUAUUACCAAACUGUCUGGAAAAUAUACUGGAAUCCUUUUGUACUGUUAUUUUUAAACAGAAUUACCUCGAAA